GGAUCCAGCUACACCGAUCUAGCCAUCAUCGUCUGCUACUUCUUGGCGUUGGCCGUGAGUCUCUAAUGGGUGGAGAUAGGAGCGUUGAGUCUGAUAGGAAUUUUGUGAGCUCUCAUGAAGUAAGUAUAGCCUAUCAUGACUCGGAAGAUUUUGCGUCUUGGUGAACAACAGCUCCAAGGACUCGUAUCGAACCCAAAAGCGCCAUCUUACCACUCGAUCACCGACACGUGCCAUGCUCUUGACUGGGAAUGCUGCUGGCGCAAAUUCGUGGCAGGCAAAGGAGCCGGCACAUGCAGCGAGUAACACAUCCCAAGACAAAAUGUUCGCAAGCAAAAACAUCUUACUCGCCACCUGGCCUAGCUUCGAUAGCAAAACCUUGGUCGGGAAGGUGCGUAAAAUGGUCUUCAAACGUACAAUUUGGUCAGUUCGUCAUCCAACAGACGCAAGCGAUUUGCCGACAAUGUAUAUCGCUUCUCGAUGCGGGGCUCUUACUCGAUUCUGUUUUGUCCGAUCAUCUCGCAACGGCAGCCGGGUAUCAAAGCUCGAGACGAUACUGUGUCCUGACGAACGGGCCGUGACCUGUGUGCGUGGUCGAGACAGGUCAGAUGAGAGCCGAGUCGGCUUGUGUGUACGACUUCGAGGCUGUGUUGAGGCAGUCGAACUCAACCAGCAGGGGCUGCGUCCGGUGAGGGAAGAAAACCGAUACAGCCAUGUCCCCCUUGAUCGUCAGGCCCAUAUAUGUCGCUGCCCGUGAAAAAAGCAAUGUGGCUGCAUGGAGAUACGCCGUAGGGCAACCAUGCAAAGUCCUUCAAGAGCUUCCUGGCGCUUACUCGGCGCCGCAACUUUCAGUGUACCUGGUCAGCCGAUUGCAAAUCUCUACCUCUACUUAUAUCCCCUUUGUGCCCGCAUCUUUUGAGCUUAGGGCUGGAAGAACUUACCAAUUCUUACUCACACAGUCGCUAAACAGCCUUUAGCUGUUGAAAGCCUUUGUCGUCGAAUCAACUUG